AUGUGCAGUAAGAUGGCGUUUACUCUAACGAUCCCUCGAUUUCACUCUGCAAUUUCUCGUAAACCCACUUCCACUUGUUCAUCUCUUUCUCCUUCGAGGUCUCAAAGUGCUUACUUCGGCCAUGGAAGAUCGGUUUCUCUCAGAAGAAGACUUUUCUUACUCCCCGUUAAAGCUACUACCGAUCAAUCAGGUCAGGUUGGUGGGGAAGAAGUUGAUAGCAAGAUUUUACCUUACUGUAGCAUCAACAAGAAUGAGAAGAGAUCACUCGGAGAUAUGGAACAAGAGUUUCUCCAAGCGAUGCAAUCAUUCUACUACGAAGGCAAAGCGAUUAUGUCAAACGAAGAGUUUGAUAACCUUAAAGAAGAGUUGAUGUGGGAAGGAAGCAGUGUUGUCAUGCUAAGUUCUGAUGAACAAAGAUUCCUUGAAGCUUCAAUGGCUUAUGUGUCUGGCAAUCCAAUCAUGAAUGAUGAAGAAUAUGACAAGCUGAAAAUGAAACUAAAGAUGGAUGGGAGUGAAAUUGUGUGUGAGGGUCCAAGAUGCAGUCUCCGUAGUAAAAAGGUUUACAGUGAUCUUGCUGUAGAUUAUUUCAAAAUGUUCUUGUUGAAUGUCCCAGCAACUGUUGUUGCUCUCGGGCUAUUUUUCUUCCUUGAUGACCUUACCGGUUUUGAAAUCACAUACCUGCUUGAGCUUCCGGAACCAUUCAGUUUCAUCUUCACAUGGUUCGCUGCGGUGCCUGCAAUUGUGUAUCUGGCGCUAUCACUCACCAAGCUGAUCAUCAAGGACUCUUUAAUCUUGAAGGGUCCUUGUCCAAACUGUGGAACAGAGAACACAUCUUUCUUUGGAACGAUACUAUCUAUCACCAAUGAUGGUACCACCAACAAUGUCAAAUGUUCCGGCUGUGGAACGGAGAUGGUCUAUGACGCAAGCUCUCGUUUGAUCACAUUACCAGAAGGAGGCAAAGCUUAA